AUGGAUGACGUGGGAGCGCUGAACCACUUGCUACCCGUCGAUGCGCUACGAUUGCGGGUAGGACUACAGUGCACAAGCGAAGUGACGACGAACCAGUGCUACGUGGAGAAGCUGCGCACACUUAAGGCUUUCCAUGCGGCUAAGUGCACUCUUCAAGUGCACACACAGUUCCUGCAAACCUUGGCUUUGCCAGCUGAGGGAAGUGCUGGAGUCUCUGCUCAUCCCCCGUCCUGCGCUUUGGGCAACUCAGAGGAAGAGAACAGCGAGGAUGAAGCCCCCCGGGACAGCAUGAUACGCGUGGGCUCGGAUUACCAAGCACAGAUUCCUGAAUGUAAACCAGAUUAUACAUCUCCAUCCAACAAUGUGGAACUGAAGGGAAUGUUGGUUUGGUCGCCCAAUCAGUUAGUGUGUGAUACAAAGUUGGAUGAAUACAUCACCAUGGCAAAAGAGACGCAUGGAUACAACGUGGAGCAGGCACUGGGGAUGCUGCUGUGGCACAAACAUGAUGUGGAGCGAUCCCUCGCUGACCUGGCAAAUUUCACUCCUUUCCCUGAAGAAUGGAGUGUGGAAGACAAGGUUCUCUUUGAGCAAGCGUUCAGCUUCCAUGGAAAAUGCUUCCAGCGCAUCCAGCAAAUGCUCCCCGAUAAAAUGAUCCCCAGUCUGGUGAAGUUUUACUACUCGUGGAAGAAGACUCGCAGCAGAACCAGUGUUAUGGACAGGCAGGCUCGUCGGCUGCAGACCAAAAGGGAGGAGGGAGCAGAGCAUGUCACAUCAUAUAAACUUUAUUUUUUCAUUCUCUCUCUUCUGUUUCAGGUUCAAAAUAUCAAACAGAUCAAUAGUAGCUUAAAGGGGAGCCUUGAAGGAGGGAUCAGUGAGAUGAGACCCCCAGAGUUGAACUUGAAGCUGAAUGCCCGUUGGACAACAGAUGAGCAACUCCUGGCUGUGCAAGCGGUAAGAAAAUACAGCAAGGAUUUCCAGGCCAUCUCAGAGGUCCUUGGCAAUAAAACACCACCUCAGGUGCAGAUAACCUCCGUCUCCUCUUCCUCCCAAACUGCACCUCCUGCUGCUGCUACUACUACUGCUGCUACUACUUCUACUACUGCAAUGUCGCUGCCCCCACCACUACUGCGGCCGACUAUUCCUUCUGCUCCCGCGCUGCACCGGCAGCCCCCCCCACUCCAGCCUGGACGCCUCCUACAGCCCCGCCCUCCUCCGCUUGUCCGACCUGCCCCUCGGCAAAGCCCUCGCGCUCCUCCAGCCUUGCUGGGAAGUCACGCCGAGUCGACUUUCUCUUGAGGAACUCCGGUAUUUUCUAUGGAAAUAUUUGGAGGGUUGGGGUAUUUAUGGGAGGACAACACUGAAAUUAUUUAAUAACGCGAGUGCAUCUUAUCUCCCACAAUGUGCAGAAGACACGGCAGCAACUGAUGUGGGUGCAAAAAGGUUUUUAUCCGUGUUCCUCUAUAGUUACGUUUGUAAUGGAGGAAAAUGAAUUCAUUCCUUCAGUUCACACUUCCAAUUCCUCAAUGUGCAGUUGCUUUUUUUGAAUGAAAGGGGGGACAGGAAAGUAUUGGUGCGCUCUCUGCUGCUGGACCGUGAUAGGAAAAAUAAACCAAAAAAACAAGUACUGGCCCUCUAGGCAAUGCACAGUAGAUGGCAAGCAUUGAAUAUUGGGGGAUAGACGAGUUAAUGCACACACGCAUGCCAUACAGUUUACAAAUGGAGAAUCUCAUGUGAAAACUUUUCUUACUGCUCAGUGCUAAAAACUAAAAAAAAAAAUGCCCAAUGUUCAACACACAACGAUAAGAGAAUUAUUUUACUAUGCCAAUAUGGCAAAACAUAAUGGAUUCCCUUGUCUCCUGCCGUUACAUUGAUGAACUGCUCCACCCUGUAACAAUAAGCCGAAUGGAGCCGGGUGCAUGAGGCAGAAUGAUGGCCGCUUGGUGUGAUAUCACUGACCAGCGCUUUGUAGCAUCAGCCAGAUUUCUGAUUGGCAGACGUCUGAAGUAGCGAUGCUCACCCUGUUGUCUCUGUGGCUGUUGAAUUACAAUUUAUGGCAGGAUUGAGAGAGUAAUAGUUUCACAAUCACUGGAGGACUGCAGGGUCAUCAUCAAUGUCCUGCUGAAGUCGGUUUUCUCAGUUAAUUGCAUAUUGUGUUACUGUUUGUUUCCUCCUUCCGUUUCAUGGCUGCUCUGCUCUGCAGGCCUCCAUCUCUGGAGCUUGAAAGCACAUUGGGUCAUGUGACUAUCCACGGGCUUCCAAUCAAAGGAUUUCAAUCAGAGGACGGCCUUCAGCAGUGGCCUUCUCCUCCAAACUCACCCAUCAGCAUCAAUAUCAUCAAUAUCAUCAAUAUAUCCUGCCAUGGCAGUGUAACUAAGCAACACAAUAGAUUGGAUGUAAAAAACAAAACAAAUCCACUCGAUAGAAAAUGUGCAUUAUUAGGGCCCCAAUGGGGCUCCUGUUUGUUUAAGCUUCGUUUGUUACAUCAGUGCCUUCCAGUGCUAGAUCCAUAUAUAUAUAUAUAUAUAUAAUACACAAAAGCCAUGAAUAUCCUGUAAAUUAUAUCCUUAUAAACGGUGACUAGUGAUGUCAUCAGUUAUAAACAGUGAGUUCUGAUGUCAUUUUUGUCACAUGACUCACUGAAACUUGUGUAUUAUAAUAAAGUAACCCUUGAGAUAUAUAUAUAUACACUUGUUGAUGCUGUGAAGGCCACUGUGUAUAGAAUACCUGCUCCUCAUUAAGCCAUAGAACUUUAAAACACUAUUGGAUUUGAUCCUGUAGAUGGUGCAAUAUCCUAAUUACAACUCUCACUGUCAGGGGUGAGAGCUGGUGAUGGAAUUGUUGUGUGUUGUGUACAUUAGACUGUCCGUGACUAUACUGUGAGGUGUGGGACGUACUCAGUCCAGUGAUGUAGUGAUUUUUUUUUUUUUUAAUACUUAAUAAAAUGUUGUUUUUUCC